CCACUAUAUAUCUCUUAUCUAUGAUUAUAACCUAACUUUAAUUCUUCACUAUUUUAAAAAUAAGGAAAAAUGGCAAAUAGUCGUUUAGAAAAAAUUGGUAAUAUUUACACUAGAGCAAAAGGUUUGAUACAGUCCGGUGCAUUGCAAUGGGAAGAUCGCCCCCUGUGGUAUGAUUUAUUUGAAAGAUUUCCUCCAAAAGAAGAUCCAAGAUUCGAUAGACCUGCUCCACAAAUAACCCUAAAACAAAUAUUUUACGAAGAAGAUAAUAUUAGGUCUAUAUUUCAUAAAAGAAACAAGCAAAUUGGUAUUACCAAUAUGUUUAAUAGCUCCUCACAAACGGUGACUCAAAGAUUUAUACAAUGUUUUCAAAAAUUACAAAAAGAAUAUGAAACUUCGGUACCUGUUGAAAAAGUUUAUGAGGAAGCAGUUGAAAUGUUACAAAAAGAGCGACAGAAGAAGUCGCAAUUGUCGGAAGAAGAAGGGGAAGCUAUCAGUCUAACAAAAUCCUUCAAGGAUGCUCAAGAACAAAGAAAUAGUCAAGAACCAAUGUUAAAUAUUAAAGUAAAUGAAUUGUUUAAGGAAUAACUCUGAAGUUAUUUUGUAUUUGUCAUUAGUUUGUGUUUAAGUAAUAAACUAGUACUAGCUAUUCAAAACAAUAUAAAAAUCAUUUUUUAA